AUGGAGCAAGAGGUCAUACAACUGUUACAGUCGACGCAGGCGAGGGAGGAUAACACCAGAAAAUCAGCAGAGCUCAACCUGCUGCGUCUCUACACAAACCCUGAACUACCUUUUGCGCUGCUGUCCAUCUCAACUCAUAACGAUGUCGCCGAGCACAUUCGUCAAGCAGCGCUGCUGACAGUCAAUCGCGUUGUGCUUGCGACAUGGUCACCAAAAUUUGAUGACGACUUCAAAGGGAGGAUAGUGCUUGAUGAGGAAGCGAAGGCAAAGGUCAGGCAUCAGGUUUUAGCCAUCUCCACAGGCGACGAUGGAGGACAAGGCGGCAAUCGGAAGGUCAGGAACGCUGCUUCACUUGUCGCAAGCAAGAUUGCAGGAGUAGAUUUCCCAGACUCGUGGCCAGAUCUCUUGCCUCAGCUCCUUCGAAUUCUGUCCGGCAGCACUUCAGACCUCCAAGUCCACGGAGCCCUGAGAGUCUUGACAGAUCUGGUGGAGUCUGGUUUUAGUGAGGAGCAGUUUUUCGCCGUGGCAAGGGACUUGGUCACAGGUCUUCACAAUGUCGCGACCAACAUGCAGAGAAAGCCGAUUCUGCGUGCUUUGGCCAUCAGCGUUUUUCGAGCUUGCUUCGAUACUCUGGAGAUAGUGAUGGAAGACCACAAAGCUGCCGUGAAAGCUUUCUUGGACCAAGCGCUACAAGGAUGGAUGGCAUUCUUCAUCGAUACGCUGAAAAUUCGACUCCCACCGACACCUAGUGAGGACGAGGAAAAGCAAGAAGAGGGGGCCCCAAGUCAGUGGCGGGGUCUGAUUGCCCUCAAGCUGCAGGUCGUGAAGACAUUGGUCAAAAUUCGGGGAGUUUUUCCGGCCAUUCUGACGCCCCAUUCUGUGGUGCUGUUUCAGACGGCCUGGGAAGAGCUAUCUCAACUAAGACCAGUGUAUCAUGAACUCUUUAUUAAUGACGAACGGCAAGGGCGGCUCGAAGACGCUGACGGACUCCCAUACACCCUGGAUUUUCUGGUGUCAGAUGAAAUCGAUUUAAUGGAAAAUCUACUCAAAGCGCCCCCUGUUAAAGCAGAAUUGCAUGGUCAGCUGAAACAAGCCUCAGAUGGACCACAGUCUGUCGGUUGGCUUCAAGAGAUACUCCACCUCGCCGUCUCGUACGCGCAGAUCACAACCGAGGAGGAAGGGCUAUGGGAGAUUGACGUGAACCUCUUUCUCUCCGAGGAAACUGCUUUGACAGCCAACUACACUCCAAGGGUCGCUUGUGGUGCUCUGAUUGUGUCGGGGCUGGUUGAAUGGCUGAAGGAAGUACCUGUUGAGGCCCUGCUGGUAACUUGCAAAGGACUAUUUGCUGAGCCCAACACAUCUUGGAAAGCCAAAGAGGCGGCCUUGUUCAUCUUGAACCAAAUGCUUCGCGAUUUUACCGAACUGGAUCGGAAAAUAUCUUCAGAUACUGCUUUAGGGUUUGAGGAGUUCAUUGAUCAAAGCCAACAAGACUCAAGCGUCUAUCUACGAGCGCGGGCUUUUGCCGUUGCUGGCCUCCUUGCGAGGACAGCAGGUGAAUCGUAUACACAAAAGGCUACAGCAUAUCUCAAUGCUGCCAUUCAGACAUUGGCUGCUGCGGAGGCCCCAGACUUACUACGGGUAUCGUGUAUUCGUGCUGUCCAAGAUCUCAUAGAAGCUCUUCCCACUAUUUUGACGAAACCAUUGCAAACGCCACUCAUUGAGAGUGUAUCGAGCUACAUGUCCUCCCAGGACCUGAACGACCCCGAGGUCGAUGACCUUAAAGUAUCACUAAUCGAAACAUUACGUGACGUGAUCAUGGUCGAUGUCACCUGCGCAUAUACGAGUCCAGCAGUGGAUUUACUGUUUACCCUUGCUUCUCAUGGAGCAGCCAAUUUCCAAAUCUCCCUUUUGGUCACCGAAACGUUUGAAAGCAUAGUCUCUUCUGUCACAGAGCUCGGACACGAGCCAUACGUUAGUCUCUGUGGAAAGACCAUUCCAUCGCUGACUGGUGCCUUUGACGUUGGCAGCAUGACCCAAGAGUCGGCACUAACGAACCUUGCUGCUGAGCUGGUGUCAGCUCUGGCAGAGUACGGCUCAGCACCUCUUCCUGACGGCUUUGUUGCAGCCGUAAUGCCAAAGCUGAAUCGUGUUCUGCUGGAAUCCUCAGACCCCGAGCUUGUCCGCCCAUCGACCCUAGCCGUCAAGCAUAUGCUGUCCCAUGGAACGUCACAAUUCUUGGGCUGGAAUGACCCAGCUACAGGGAAGAAUGCCGUCGAGAUUACCCUGAUUAUUAUUGAUCGCCUCCUCAAUUCAUCUCUGGUCGACGACAAUGCUGCAGCGGAAGUGGGCGGACUUGCCGCUGAACUCGUCGAAAGAGCUGGAGGUGAAAAACUGGGUCCAUUUCUUCUGCAGCUCCUACGCGCUGUUGCAUUGCGUCUGGCUACAGCUGAGAAGGCUCAAUUCAUCCAGUCACUCAUCUUGGUAUUUGCUCGCCUGUCGAUAUCAAGCCCGCAAGAUGUCGUCGAUUUUCUCUCCCAAGUCGAUAUACACGGCGAGAAUGGUCUUAAUGUUGUACUUGCUAAAUGGCUGGAAAACUCUGUCAACUUUGCUGGAUACGAGGCCAUCCGACAGAACGUGGUUGCGCUAAGCAAACUUUAUAGCCUUGAAGACCCUCGAAUAGGGCAGAUAGGCGUCAAAGGCGACUUGAUUGUGCAAGAAAGUGGCCGAAUCAAGACGCGGAGUCGAGCGAAGGCCCAGCCGGACCAAUGGACUACGAUACCGGCGAAUCUGAAGAUAUUGAAGGUGCUAGUAGAGGAGCUCACCAGUGCUUCUGCAAAUAGCUUCAACCCUAGCGCGGCUGCAGCGGCCUUGGAUUCCGAAGGCAGUGAGGACGGCGAUGAGUGGGAGGAUGUGGGUGCUGGUAGCACCGGCGUGUUGGAUUUGGGUCUCGGAAUGACGAAGCAGGAAUUGAUGGCUUACGAUGAGGAAGGUAGCCCCACCAACUCGAGGCAGAGAGACGAUGAGACCAGUGACUAUCUCAUGGGAUGGUUUCGAGAACAGGCUCAAAAGCCAGAGUUUGGCGAGAUGUUUAAUGCCUUGAACCCCGAGGAGAAGGACAGGUUGCAGCGGGUUGGUGGGUGA